AUGGCUCCUUCCAAUACCGAGUUCCAAGGAGCAGAGGAUAUAGAAAGACAACGGAGACGCGCACAAAAUCUUCGAAGGGUCGCCAAGCGUUUUCGCGUCCUUAUCAUUGGCCGCGCCAAUGCGGGGAAGACAACCAUCCUCCAGCGAGUUUGCAAAACAACAGAACAGCCAAAAAUUUUCAAUCGGGAGGGCCAUGAGAUUGACUUGUCCAAUCUCAAUCCAACGACACAGAGAGCGGGGCAUGACAUUGAGAAUGAAAUGAUAUUCAAGAGUAACACAUCAUUUGUCUUUCAUGACUCAUGUGGCUUCGAAGCAGGUAGAACAUCUGAGCUGGAUAAAGUCAAGGAUUUUGUGCGGAAAUGUUCAACCAAAAAGAACCUCAUGGAUCACCUUCAUGUGAUUUGGUACUGCAUUCCCAUCAAUGAUGAAGUCAGACCAAUUACAAGGGCAGAGUUAAAUUUCUUUGAUGAGUGUGGGACUGGUAGAGUUCCUGUUAUAGUCUUGUUCACAAAAGCAGAUUUGCUGGAUGCUCAAACCAUGGAACAUCUGGUUAAUGCUGGGAUGGAUUUUGAAGAUGCUACAAUUCAUGCUCCAGAAGAAUCAAUUGACAGGUUUCAAAAGAAAUUUGGUCAGCAACUCUAUAAGAAAAAAUAUCCUCCCAAGGGACAUGUGUAUUUUCGAGAUAUGCAACAUCCUACAAGUAACUGCAGUGAACUUCUGAAAGAGACAGCAGCUACCCUUUCAGAUGACAUGAUCUUACAGCUGUUCCUUACAGUGCAGAAGAAUAAUCUGUGUCUGUCAAUUGAAUAUGCAAUCAUGCUGGGAGUUACAUUUCCAGGUUGGAAAUUGGUCAAAAGAAAGAGAAAGUGGAGGGAGAUGGUUGAGGCUAUAUUGUGUUAUUUUCCACACAUGGUAUGUGAAACCUGCUUGACUAUUGAGCUGUAG